UCGCUAAGCCUCUACAGUUUAAGAAGAGCCUCAGGAGAGCGAUGUUACUUAUUUCACAGAUUUGAAAGGAGCCUGGGAAACUGAAUGAAAACGUGGACAAUUGUGAAUGCAGUUUUUAUACGAUGGCAUCUGCCAGUAUUUCGCAUUCUUUAAAGCUAACGCUUUUCUUUUUCUUCGCAUUUACCCACGUUGCAGCUUUUAACCUUGAUACUGAGAAUGUAAUCAGGAAAAACGGAGAGCCGAGCAGUUUAUUCGGAUUUUCUCUCGCCAUGCAUAGGCAAUUAAAACCUACUGAGCGGAGAAUGCUGCUCAUUGGUGCUCCUCGGGCCAAGGCCUUGUCCAAUCAGGGAGCCAACAUAACCGGAGGUUUAUACAGCUGUGAUGUCACCACCCAGUCCAACGAUUGCAAACGCAUUGAGUUUGACAAUGAGGUGAAUCUGAAUUUGGAGUACAAGGAGGAUCAGUGGAUGGGUGUCACAGUACAUAGUCAGGGACCUGGGGGGAAGAUUGUGACCUGUGCCCACCGCUACCAGCGGAGGCUGUUUGUGAACACAGCCCAGGAGUCUAGUGACAUCAUGGGCCGCUGCUAUGUCCUCAGCGAGGACCUCAGCAUUGACGAGCACUCUGAUGAGGACGGCGGCAACUGGAAGUUCUGCGAGGGCCGAUCCCGGGGUCACGAGAGGUUUGGGUCCUGCCAGCAGGGUGUGUCUGCCACCUUUACCAAGGACUACCACUAUGUGGUGUUUGGAGCUCCUGGUGCUUACAACUGGAAAGGGAUUGUGCGAGUAGAGCAAAAGAACAACUCUCUGUUGGAACAGGGUAUUUAUGAUGACGGGCCCUAUGAAGUUGGGGAUGAGAACCAGUUGAACACUGAACUUGUGCCAGUGCCAGCUAACAGUUACUUAGGCUUCUCUCUGGACACCGGCCACAACAUCACCAAAAAGGGCCGUCUGACCGUGGUGUCUGGGGCUCCCAGAGCCAAUCACAGUGGAGUGGUGGUCCUGCUGAGGAAAGACGCAAAGGCACCUAACAUGCUCUCUCCAGAAUACAUUCUGGAAGGCCCAGGACUGGCGUCCUCCUUUGGUUAUGAUGUGGCCGUGGUGGACCUCAACAAAGACAGUUGGCAGGAUAUUGUGGUGGGAGCCCCACAGUUCUUCAUGAAGGAUGCAGAAGUUGGUGGAGCAGUAUAUGUUUACAUCAACAAGGAAGGGAAGUGGGACACUAUUGUCCCAAUCCAGCUCAAUGGAACCAAAGACUCAAUGUUUGGGCUGGCAGUUGAGAACAUCGGGGACGUUAACCAGGACUCGUACAACGACAUUGCGAUUGGAGCCCCUUAUGAUGAUGCUGGAGCAGGAAAUGUCUAUAUUUAUCAUGGGUCUCCCGAAGGGAUCAAAACCAAGCCAUCACAGGUUCUUCAAGGAAAAAAUCACAAUAUCCAAUUAUUUGGAUACUCUCUGGCUGGAAACAUGGAUCUGGACAAGAAUUCUUAUCCGGACCUUGCUGUAGGAUCUCUCUCGGAUGCAGCAUUUAUUUAUAGGGCAAGACCGGUGCUUAGUAUUAAGAAGGAGCUAAAAGCCAGCCCUACGCAAAUUGAUUUGACCAAGAAAACAUGCGGUAACAGUAUAUGCUUGAUGGUGGAAGCAUGCUUUACUUACACAGCAAAUCCCAAAUCUUACAAUCCCAAGAUCACUAUUGCCUACACCUUCGAGGUGGAAUCCGAGCGGAGAAGGCUGGGGCUGCCCUCUAGGGUUACCUUUCUUAACAAGUCCACCACGGACCCAGACUCCCAGUUCAGUGGGAUGCUGGACCUUCGAAUGAAGAAUCGGAAGGAGUGUACCUCAGCCAAGCUACAGCUGCAGGACAACAUCAAGGAUAAACUGCGGAGCAUUCCCAUUGAGGUGUCAGUGUCCAUCCAAGGUAUGAAACGCAAGGAGAGACAGAGCUCUCUCCCGGAGCUGGUUCCUGUCCUCAACUUGAAUCUGCCAGACAAGGCCAUCAAGGAGGUCAGCUUUUUAAAGGAAGGGUGUGGAACUGACAACAUCUGCCAGAGCAAUUUGCAGUUGGAUUACAAAUUUUGCUACAGAGAGCCCAAUCAAGAUGUGUUUCCUGCUCUGCCUAGUGAGAAUGGGGUACCAGUGAUAUCCCUCAGUGACCAGAAAGACAUUGCUUUGGAAAUCACAGUGAAGAACAGGAAUGGGGAUGACGCUCAUGAAGCGAAACUGGUCGGCACCUUCCCCAGCUCCCUGUCGUAUUCUGCCUUUCGCUCACAGAAGACUGGGGUGAUCUGUGCAGCCAAUCAGAAUGGGUCACAGACAGAGUGUGAGCUGGGAAAUCCAUUCAAAAGAGAUUCAGAGGUUACGUUCUAUGUUAUACUGAGCACAGCUGGCAUUUCCCUGAACACCACAGAGGUUGAUAUUGACCUUCAGCUUGAAACGACUAGUGAACAGAAGAACUUGGGCAUUGUGAAGGCCAGGGCCAGAGUAAUAAUUGAGCUGCUUCUAUCAGUCACAGGAGUGGCCAAGCCUUCCCAGGUCUACUUUGGUGGUGUCGUGAAAGGAGAAAGUGCCAUGAGAUCUGAGGAUGAGAUUGGCAGUUUAGUUGACUUUGAGUUCAGGAUAAUCAACCUGGGCAAGCCGCUAAAGUCAUUUGGCACAGCCUCCCUGAACAUACAGUGGCCCAAGGAGAACGCUGUUGGCAAAUGGAUUCUGUAUCUGGUGCGGAUCAGCACAAAUGAAUUGCAGGAAAUUCCUUGCUCUCCAGAAAGUGAAAUCAACCCGCUGCCACGCAUACAGGCUUCCAACACAUUCCGCAGAACACGCAGCAUUGAAGAAAAGACUUCAGAUGAAAGAAAAACAUCACUAUCAACGGAUAAAAGAAAAACUCUGACAUGUGACAGUGGGGCUAGAUGUGUAGCGAUAAGGUGCCCCCUUCAGGGCUUGGACAGUAAUGCAGUUAUCGUAUUUCGGUCCCGUCUCUGGAACAGCACUUUUCUUGAGGACUAUGCAUCCCUUAGUUACCUUGACCUCAUUGUCAAAGCCUCACUCAGCCUGGAUACUUCUGCCGCAAACAUGCUCCUUAAAAAUGCAGAAACUCUGGUGAGACUGACUAUAUUUCCGGAGAAGAUGGUGUCCCACUACGGUGGCGUUCCCUGGUGGAUAAUGCUGGUGGCCAUCCUGGCAGGCAUCUUGAUGCUGGCACUGCUGGUAUUUAUCCUCUGGAAGUGUGGAUUUUUCAAACGCUCCACAUAUGAAGACAGUGUUCCAAGAUACCACGCCAUCCGGAUAAAGAAGGAUGAGCGCCAGAUUAAGGACGGGAAAACCAAGUUUGAUAGCCUGGAGAAGAAACAGUGGAUGACAACAUGGAAUGAAAAUGAGAGUUACUCAUAAGGUCGACGAUUGGUGACGUGAAAAACAUGAAAUAAUUCACCUUUGUAUGCAGUCUGGGUCCUAAGAUGUUUCUUUUUUAUUUUUGCACUGCAUCUGAACCUUCAUUUGUAUAUAUUGAUAAAAGAAAUCAAGGAAAUGUUUGUUUUUCAUUUUGAAUAUUCUUGCAUUAAUGUCAUAAUUCACUGGGCGAGGCAAUAAGGCAUCAAAUAAGUUUAAAACCAGAUAAAGAGAAGUUAAAGACAGUUUCAUCUGCGACUUUGCUGCUGUAUAUUUACAGAUGUAUUCACAUCUGGAAUGCGGUUGGUUACAGUGCUUUAAAAGAAUCGUGACUUUUUCGUAUUUGUCAUGCUCCUCUUGAACUGUUUUUGUAAUGUACAGAAGGAAGCAUUUUGUAUGUUUUGUAUAUAUUUAAAUAUUUCAGUCCAGUUUAUAUUUAUUUCUGUCAUAAACUGUUAAUGUUUCAUGCAUACAUUUACCAAAGAUUUGGGAGCUCAUGGAAGAAACAGCGCUUGGCUGGUUCAACCAUGACCCAUUUUGUUGCUUCAAAGAGCAUUUAGUUGUUCCAUUGAUGAAGUGUGAUGAAGUGAGGGUGGAUCUUUUCAAACAAGGAUUUCUGAAGCAAUCUUAUAUACAAAGAGUGAGCAAGGUAAUGAUCACCAUCAUCAUCAUGAACAGUAGUACAUUGGGUCUGGGAUACAUUCUCCGAUCGACACUGUUACUUCUGAAUGUUUUAUUGUGAAUUUUAUUAUGCAUAAGUGCUUGAAAGAAGACUACUUUUUGAUUUUAAUUCUCUUUGAUGUCAUAUAAGUUUUGUUCCAGCAUGGUCUUUCCAAAAAAUGAUAGAUCAUCUUGCAGCACCUGUUUAGUUUUACUUUUAUACUGGGGAAUCUACAGGAAUCUAAAAUGUGUCUGUGCAACUCUCAGUACCAUGGUCAGAAGAAUUAAAAGCUUUAUUUCUGGGCAGUAUCCAUGAACAAAGUUGCAUUUAAAAAAGAAGAUAAAGCAUACCACACAAAAGAUGGUAAUGUCUGGGAUUCACAAAACAUUCCUUGGAUGUUAGAACUUUAGAACUAGGAAUCUUAUUUUAGAUAUUGUAAUGUUGGGGAAACAAAUGUCCAGAAAUAAUUGCAGUUUCUUUAAAGGCUGGGAAAAAUAACUUUUACAUUACAGCAACAAAGCAUGAAACUUUUUGUCCAACCAUUUUGCUUCCUUUCAACAUAGAUUUUUAAAUUCUACCCAUGUAAUGAAUGUACGUGUAGAUUUAUAACAAUGAGUUUUAAAAAUGUUUACAUUCCAAUUACAUUGGAGCUAUAGCAUAUUAGAAAGCAUAUGUUUAUCACUGCAAAUUGGUGUGAGGCAACUGUAAAACCAUGUAGUGAUGAGCAUUACUGUAACAAUGAAGAAUGCUAAUAGUAACACAAUUACUUUUCAGUGUGAACAUAUUUAAAAUCUAAAGUCUUACCACUGGCUAUUGUUUGUUUCCAACUAGACAUAUUACUGGAGAACACCAAAAAAUAAAAAUAAAUUAAAAUCCUGUGGAUUUAAAGAUAAUAAAGUAAUAAAAAUGUGCAUUUGUA